GCGCCGUCUUAGCGCCCUCCACAACGCCCUCCGGUCUUUUCGCAGGACUCUCGGCGCUCCCCCUCUUUGGCACCCUCUAUUUGUCUCCCUUGACAUAUUUUGGCCCCCGCAUACGACCUUCUCGCCACGGAAUCUCAUGAUGUCAAUCCAAGAAGCCACACUACACUCACAGCCUCAGCAAGGCAACUCUUCAUCCGACCCAUCAACUUCCGCGAUUCCUCUUGUCCCCUCUGCCGCCGGUCGUGUAUCCGGUAAGCCAUGGAAGCAGCCAAAAUCUGCAACAGUGCGUACGUUGCUCCCAGACGGCCUCAAGUCGAAGAGCUGGGAAGAUCGCAUGCAAAAGACGCAGAAGGAGAAAGCCAUCAAGAAAUUGCAGGCUGAGCUUAGCGAGGAGAAGAGGGUUGAGAAGGAGCGUCGGAGACAGAUCACCUUGGACCGCAAAAAGGCCGCGGAGGAGCGCCUUAGACUAGAGGAGGACAAGGCCAAGAUGGGCGCACGGAAGGCUGCGCGUAUGCGUCGGAAGGCCGGUCGCACCAAAAAGAUCAAUCAUUGAAAUGUUGGUGUACACGGAUGUCGACACGGCGGGGAACAGACACGGGCUUUCGUGCCCUACACAUGGCUGUGGUUCCACUUCAAAUGACGCAGUGUUAUGCGUUACCAGCUGUCAUGCUUGCUUGGGAUCGUCGAGGAAUGGGAACUGCUCGCCCGUUGUGCGUGAGGCGCGGCUGCUGGAGGGACGAAUUCGAAUAGACUGGCCAUGUAUCUUGUUAGAGCAUACUGACUCUAUUCCAAUAGUGGAGCGGACCGACGAACUCCUGUACACGAACUGCGAUGGUCUAGACAUCGAUAUAGCGCGCAGUAAUUGACAAUCGUGUCCAAUACAUGCAAUUUACCCGGGCUAUGGCUGGCCGUUGCCACCGUAAGCGUCAGAGGUGACAUUGUCAUUUCGCAUGAUACACAAUCCGUUUCAUAUACAGACCGACUCAGACUG